AUGAACCCAAAGGUGUACGCGGCAGGAGCCGGGUCCGGCCCGGGGGCCUCCUCAGUGACGACCGUCACUGAGCCGCCCGUGAGUCUCUUCUACCCUACUCCAGGCUACCGACCCAAGCUCGCUGAUACCAGAUCCCCCAGACGAAGUGGGUACACCUACCACCAGUGCUUCGCGUCGCUCGAGCGGAGCUACAAGCGCCUCUCCUGGACGACGAGACAGACCGUUCGCGUCGGGAUCGGCCUCUACGCCGUGCUCUACAUCUUCUUGACCGUUCCCUUCCGAAUAGCCUUCUACUACGACCCCUAUGGUAGAACGGAGGCUGCUCAACUCAACCGAUGGACCGAGGAGCUCAGCAUUUACGCGGCGUUGGAUGUUGUCGCGGAUAUUAUCGGAGUUGUGGAGUUUGUGCAGUUCUACCAGCUCCAGAGGGGACUAUUCUCCCGCUUUUCAAGCUUCGACACGAGGGCGGCCUCGUGGGGUGACAGUAUGUUCCGCUCCAUGCGCGUGAUCACGCGCACCCCGUCGUUCAACAAGCUGCACCGCGGGACAACCAAGUGGACGCUGGCUUCGAUCGCUAAAUCUGCUGCGACACAAGGCGAAGCAGCGGACGACUCGCACUCGCAGCAGAAUUACGUGAGGGCGCGUAAAAUUGAGCUACUGCUGGAGAUUGUAGCGCUGCUGCCGCUGGAGGUAAUACCCUACGCCUCGGGAACGUACAACGCGCUACAUUUGGUGCGAAUUACGAAGAUUUGCCGCCUGUAUCGACUGCGACGGUGUCUUGCGAGACUGGCCAGCAUCUACUCGGAUCGUACGUGGGUGCAGCAACUUUCGUCUACUGGUAUUGGCAGUCUCGUACGCAACAUUGUUCUUUGUGUGGGGUUGUGUCAUUACAUGGCUUGCGGGUACAUGCUGCUUGCACACGCGCAGUGUGGAGUGACUCUUGGGGAUUGCAACGAGGAUGUGGAGACAAGUUGGGUCGUCAGUGACCGUCUUUUCGGUGCCUCCGUGGCGCGGAAAUACUCGCGGACGUUGUAUUGGGCGUCACGAACGAUGGUGUUGCUGGGAUACGACGAUGUUGCACCAGUUUCAGCUAUCGAGACAGUCUAUGUGGUAGCUGCGACGCUCAUGGGUGCCCUCUUUGGGUCGUCGUUGCUGGCAACGUUUCUCUUUAUUUUUCGGUUCCGAAACGCGCGCUAUGCUGCGUUUGCUACGCACGUGGACAACGCCCGGGAGUAUAUGCGCUCGCAAAGUAUCCCGCGGGCUUUGAGACGUCAGGUUAUCGCGUACUUCACGUACUCCUGGAACACGCACCAUAGUCUCGACAGCGAGGAGGCUCUGCAUCUCAUGCCCAAGCACUUACAGGCCAAGGUGGUGUCCACGCUGAAGGCGAGCCGGAUCAAACAGGUGUGUUUUCUGGUGAAAGAGAGCGUUGAAUUCAUUAACUUGCUGGCGGCGGCGCUGGUACGACGAGUCUACUCCCCUGGCGACCAGAUUAUUGAGCCCAAGUUUAACGCUCAAAUGUUUUUCGUCAUUCGUGGCCGGGUAGUUUUAUCCGCAUUCGACGGAACAAAUGACAAAGAGAUGCAAGGCGGUGGCCAUUUCGCGGAUACGUGCUUGCUCUUCCCGGAGAAAUUUGAGGAGAAGGCUGUCGCGAAAACGUUCUGCGAGCUUUACGUGCUGGCAAAAGUCAAGUUUGAUGAUGCCUUGGAUGAUUUUUACAGGGAAUCCAAGGGUGAAGUGAGGGAGCGAAUGGCAGAAACACUUGAAAAGUACUCGACACAGUUGCGCAAAACCAAGAAACUACUAGGAAUGCGCAAUCGAGGGGGAAGUGGAGGCAUGGAUUUGUUUGGGGGAAGCUCACACAGCUUAAUGGCAACGGGAAACUCGCAACACAAUCUCAAAUUCAAGCAGAAAGUGAGCUGGAGACUUCCGGGCUCAACAUUUCGUCUUUACUGGGAUACAGCGCGCUUGUUUGCCAUCCUCUACGUCGCAUUUGAGGUUCCCUAUUUUGCUGUCUUUGUCGCGAUGAAUGAUGAUAACGAUAUAUUCGGGGAGAAACCUGGAUUUGACAUAAGGUUUGCGCUUACGCUGAUGAUUGAGGUGUUUUUUGGAGUGAACUUGAUUUUGCGCUCGCGAUAUCUAGCGUACUUAGACCCUAUUGUGAUGCUUCCUGUGGAUGACCCGUUGCUUAUUUUCGCGGCAUAUAAAGGUGAUGGAUUCUACCCGGAUUUAACUGCCUGGCUGCCGGUUGUCGUUGUGUUGGAGGCUCAAACUACGAAUUCAGGACAAGGCUAUUUGUGGUUCUUUCGCUUUCUUCGCUUGCUGCGCCUACGAGAAGCCCCGCGCCUACUGUGGAACGUCUGCGACUUUUACGGCUUGAGCUCCAAGACCCAUCUUGUCAUUUCGCUGCUGCUUGGAGUCACAUUUAUGCUUCACGUUGUGGGAUGUGUGUGGUUUGAAAUGGCUAGACUCUCAAACUUGACGGUGUUAGAUAAAGCAGUCGAGCAUGGAAUGGCGGAGAUGACUCGGCUCGACUGCCUCGAAUACGCCACGCUCUUCGAGAAUUGUUCGUGGGUUAUGUUUGACUGUUACGCCCACAUCGGCGACGUGUUUCCCGCACAGGAUUCAGCGUCAUCGUACCAGGCAUCUUUUGCGUACAUGCGCUCGGUGUACUGGGCAAUAGUCACGCUCACGGCUGUGGGCUAUGGAGAUAUUAUGGCUUACUCGACAUCCGAGAGUUUUUUCGCGGCGUUUUGGAUUUUUGUUAGCGGAAUCAUUAAUUUCGGCAUCAUGGGCGCGAUAUCCAACACUAUCUCGAAUGCAAUGGCUCCUCACCGCCGCCACAUCGAGAAGAUCAAUACUGUCAACGGCAUUCUCCAACGCAAGGAUAUUUCUGAGAAGUUGAGUGCUGAGAUUCGACGAUUUUAUCACCACGAAUUCACGGAGCGCAAGAAAGCGUACGAGUCGCAGUUGCUGUCGAACCUUCCGGACCAGCUUUGCUACGAAAUCUCGUCGUUGUUGCACUCUGAAGCUGUAAAAAGUGUCGCGCUCUUUGAUUCGGCCAGUAUUGAAUUCCUAAAAGAAGUUACGGGAAAAUUUCGUCAUCGAAGCUAUCAAAAUGGAGAUACAAUUUGUCUCGAAGGAGACGUUUGUCGCGAGUUCAUGGUGCUUCUGCAUGGAAGCAAAGUCAACGUGUUCUUCCGUUCUCGAAAGGUACCCAUUCGCGCUCUUCACGAGGGUGACUGCUACGGAGUAAACGCGUUUCUGCUCAGGUGUGCACACCCCGCCACCCUCAUAGCAGCCUCGAUUGUCCAUGCAUCCGUCAUGACUCGGGAGCAGUUUGACGUCAUCCAACGCAAGUUCGAAGACGAUUUACGCGAUAUGCGGGAGGAAGCGCAAGAGCUCUGGGCCGAGCAACAGGCUGGUAUGCGACGUAUCAUCCACAACCUCGAGAAACUUAAACUGCAACCGCAUCUGAUGUCGACUGCUACGCUGUUUUACCAGGGCGAAGUGACCGUAACGAGCACUACUAGCAUUGGAGGUGGGGGCCAGAAGAAAACCACGCGAGAUCCCUACGAAACGCGCAGCUUGAUCAAAAGUGUCUGGAAUGCGAUCAUCACUUUCUGGAAUACGUACAACGCGGUGUUUAUCAUCCUCCGCAUUUGCUUCCACUCGCACUUUCAUUUCUCUAGUAGCGCCAAUGCCGCUGUCUGGAUCGCCGAUCUCAGUUGUGACGUGUGUUUCUUGCUUGACAUGUACCUGCGGCUCUUCUACUUCGGGUGCUCUGAGGCCAAUUUGGAGAAUCUGGUCUCGCGAAGCGAGAUCGACAGGCAGUAUCUUCGGAGCUCGACGUUUAAGUGGGAUGUUGUCGCCUCCUUACCGUUGUACACUCCAUUCCAAAGUGCGGCAUUGGUCCCCAGUCUCUGUCGAUUGCCGAGGCUCGUUCGGUGCGUGGAUCUGUGGGAGUACCUGGACGAUGUGAUCGUGCAGAUCCAGCAGCACUUUGCGACGCAUAACGUCUCGGCUUACUUGAGCCCUGCCAAGCUGAUGAUCGUUAUGUUACUUGUGGCGCACUAUGUCGGCUGCAUAUUUUUCUUAAUAUCUGAACAAGAGUGCGAUCAUCUGGAGAAAUGCUGGAUGGCGCAAGAUCCGUUGCUGAAACAAUACAAUUAUUCGGUACCGAUGCUUUACGCCAAGUCCUUCAAUUGGGCCAUUACGACGCUAUUGCUGGUGGGGACACGUGACAGUGUUCCGCGCGACGCUGCUGGGACGCUUUGGGCCAGCUUCACGUGCUUGUGUUGUACGUACAUCAUCGGUCACAUCGUGGGAGAAAUUUCCGAACUGAUUCAGGAACUUGGCAAGGAAGCGAAGGAGUACAAGAGCCGCAUUGCCAGCUUCGAUGACUUCGCGAAGGAGCAAGAACUACCAGAGGGAUUAUGCAAAAGAGUGGGGUUCUUCUUCAAGCUGCAAUUUCAGCAAUCAGAGGACCUCAACGUCCAUGGUACGAUGCACGAUCUCUCGGCGAACCUCCAGCUCAAGUUUAUGCUUGAAGUUUACGGCCACGCCAUUGCGUUGCUUCCGAUCAGCCGCUUUCUGACGCCGCCCCAGGUCAACAACCUGGCGCUGCGUUUGCAAUCCGAGCUGUUCAUUCCCGGGGAUAAUAUCCUAGUCGAAGGCACGUUUGGUAGUCGACUGUGCAUCCUGCGUAAAGGGCUAGCAGCGGUGUUUUGGACGAGCUCAGUGACGAGUGUGGCCGUGCUCAUGGAGAACGCUGUGUUUGGCGAAGUCGCCUUCUUCCUCUCGGCCCAGCGACGUCUAGCGACGGUCAGAGCGACAACCUCCUGCGAAGUUUUGUACAUUAUUAAGCAUGACUGGCAAGAACUGUGGACGACCACCGGGGACCCAUCCGACAUUCAGGUGCAAAAGCACUCGCUGCACGCGAUCCUCGACUGGGUUCACGCCCGCUUGCUCCGCUAUCAGCGAGCUAGUCUGCGUGCCGCCCAUAAGGUCAAGUUGCUGCUUGCGACUCCAAAAAGACUAGGACGCAUGGUGCGAUGCCGUUCGCUGCCGAACUUUGGGCGUGCGUUUUUCGAGAAACUGAGGCGAGAAGAGGACGGACGCGUGGUGAUGCGCAGCACCCCGACGGGCGUUGACUUUGAGAUGCUGCAGCGCUGUCAGCGCCCCGAAUACUCUACACGACUACUGCUGUUCAACAGGUAUCGGCUGUGGAGGGAUCGCAGUCGGUCGAGUGUUCUACCUAAGCAUCAGCCCACAACUCGCCUCUUAAAUGAUGCGAUUCCAUCGUCGCGUGACUCGGCCAUUGGAAAUCGGUCUGCUAGCGUGGGGUUACGGCUCCGGCUUUCCCGUGCUGCCACGAGAGAUCUCAAGGCCAAGGAGUUUAUCAAGACGGUCAAGCAGAUGGGGAAAGUUUGGGACCUCGUUAUGCUUUUGAUCGCAAUCUACCACUUGGUCAUCACCCCGUUCAAAGUGUGCUUUUGGCGUGGACUAACGGAGCUACCGGAUAGCGCCCUGCGUGGGUGGUCCGGGGUUGAGAUUUUCUUGGAUUUACUGUGCGCUGCUGAUGUGGCCUACAAAAUCCACUUCAGCUUUACAACCGAGGGCGAGAACACCAUCAAAACCUCUACAAAAGAUGGGCAACAAGGAUCGAUUCUCUCGGAUCCAGUCUUGCGCAGCGAUAUUGUGGCAAUACUUCCCCUGGAGAUACUGCUCUUUGCCGCUGAUGUGCGAGUACCGCAGGUACUUGAUUUGUCAGUAGACCCAGCCGAUGCUUCGUGGUGGACAACCCGCUGGUUGCUGCGUAUGAACCGUGUCCUACUCGCGGGUCGGAUCGAAUCGCUGACGGACAAACUGUUCCAAUUCGUCAUCUACGAGCGGAAGAUCCCAUUGAACGAGGGGUUCCUCUACUUUCUGAGGGGGCUGCUGUCCUAUCUUACGAUAGGCCAUUUGCUGGCCUGCGUUAGGUAUAUUACGAGCGAUAUUAGUUACGAUCUCUACGGAUCAUCACUUCGUGGGGUCUCGGCUGGCCUCGAUUUUCAGAGCGUCCCGCUUGGACGCAAGUAUCUCCGGUCGCUGCUCGUCGCGAUGGAGAGUAUCUCGUCCCUAUUCAAUGGAGAGAUUCUAUCCAUGAACCCACUUGAAUUGGUCGCAGAGAUUGCAAUAAGCCUGUUGAGCAUCUACAUCUACGGAGCUCUCGUGGGGGCGCAGGGCGAACUGCUCGACUCUCGAGCUCGCCGCGAGGCUGCGUUUGAGCAGACACUGGGUGAGCUGCAGAACUACUUGGUCCAGAACGAGGUGCCCAAAGUGCUCAAGCGACAGGUAAAGGCGUACUACACGCGUCUGUGGCGUCGUCGCAAAGGUGAAGCCGAGUUUGCUGCGGUGGAGAAAGUGUCCCGCCCUCUCUACGAAGACGUAGUGUUGACCACGCUGAGUAGCUUUGCGGUGCAGGUCCGAGCUUUUCGCUCUCUCGAUGACCAGUUCGUGAGAGCACUUCUGGUCUGCCUGCAGUACGUGGUGUGUUCCGAGAACGAGGAGGUGUUUGUGAUCGGCGACAUGGACCGUAGUAUGUACUUCAUCGCUAAUGGCCGCGUUGGCGUCAAGAUGGAGUCGAGCGAGAGUGUGCGGGAAAGAGGCGAGUUCAUCGGAGAGCUGGCGUUGCUGUACGGUAUCUCUCGGCUGGAGACGUGCGUCGCGCUCUGUGUGACGGAGCUUUACCGCCUUGACCAUGAACCUUACGAGCAUCUACUACUGGAGUAUCCUGAGUAUCGUGCUCGCAACAAGCUCGCUUGGACGACUCACCCGUCUGAAUCUGUUCGAUGCCGCUCCGUUGUUGAGGAAGCUCUGCGGUGCGUCCGAGCGCACGGGGCUAAGCGCUCGAGCAAGCAGAAAGGGCCGGCGUUGGGCUCAAAUGCGGCCCCAACGCUGCUAGACAUUGAGGAAAUCGGCAAGAACGCGGAGCGCAUUGACGCCCAGUUGCCAUGCUCGUACAUCUACCGCUCGGCGAUGGAGUUAUUGUCCAAGUUGAGCAAAGUGGACACGCUGGAGGUCAGAGAUCUGUACCUCAAAAGCCGGGAUGGGGCUCGUAGACAGCUCAAGGCAGCGAUGGGCCUCAUCACUGCGCGCGCGGAGCCUGCUGACGAUGUGGUGCACAGUUUCCACUCGCGCAGUGGAUCGCCGACGCCCCGUGAGAAAGCUCACGAGAAGCAUAGCGACAGCAUCGAGCAACUGGAGGUGGCCGUGGCGGAGUUGUCGACACCACCCGAAGAGCAGAAAACGGUGUCAUUGAAAGUACUCGCGAGGCGGUUGAGCGCUCAAGCAAUCAUGCAACUAGAGUCCGAUAUGCCUCCCAACUGCAGCCCAGACGCUGAGGAAACUCAAGGUUGA